AUCUCGAGUGAUUCGAAAUCUCAGAUUUUCGGAAACAUUCGGGAAAACACGGAAGUGUCAACAAUUCGGGUCUGUUUUUUCUCUGCAAAGCAGCAGCAGAGUGGAGGACUCCGUCACAUGAUUUUGGUGAUAUGGAGGCGUAUUUCCUGAUGGCCUUCGAUGGACUAAAGUGAAAUCUGUUGAAUGAUCUAUCAUCGGUUCAUCGUGGAGGUUAUCUUCAUUACUGUCAUCUUCUCCUCCCUCCCUGUGGUUGAGAGGGGCGGGGCUUCAUCUUUUCCAGCCACGCACACUGAGAUGUUUGCCUUGUCUUUACAGCCAUGGAGAGAUUAGAGGCUACAUCAGAGCUUCAGUCACGGCUGUCAUCCUUAUCCUUCUCUUCUUUUCCCGGAAUAACAUCCAAUCAGUGUGACAACAGCCCGCUGGACAGACUCCAGAAUACAGACCUUUCACAGUGCUGUGACCAAUCAGAAAAACAAGCUGCUAUGGAGGAAACUAAGGAGGAUUCAGGGCCAUAUACUGAGGGUAAUGACGAGGCCCCUGCUGAGCCAGCCCCAGGGGAAGGAGGCGAGGAGAACAACAGCUCAGGGAGCUGUCAGCUCUCUGCUGAGAUGAAAGCCCAGCUGCCUCCCCUGAAACCCCCAUCAACAUGGACAUCUGCUGCUCUGAAGGAGCUGAAGGCAAAGCUUCGCACGGAGGAGGAUAGCGUGGUGACAGUGUACCGAGGUGACAUCAUGACAGUGCACGUGCCCACUGUGCCCGAGGCCAAAAAAGUGUGCUGGGAGUUUGCUACAGAUGGUUACGACAUUGGCUUUGGUGUAUAUUUUGACUGGACCCCGGUCACGAGCCGGUCUAUCACUGUGCACAUCAGCGAGUCAAGUGACGAUGAAGAAGAGGAGGAGGAGCUGGAAGGGCCUGUCGGGAACGGAGACAUUGAGAAGGGCUCCAAAAGUCAGUCCAACUCAAACUUGGGGGAAAUUUUACCUGUGUAUCGCCAGGACAGCCACCUGUCCGUCCACGGGGGGAGCCACGACUUUCCAGGUGAAGGCACGUACCUCCUGAAGUUUGACAACUCCUACUCAUUGUGGCGAAACAAAACUCUUUACUACAGAGUUUAUUACAGUGCCUGAGAUGCCAAAUUAUUGUUUAUGAAUGUAUACUUUACUUUACAGAAGAAUACUACUCUUUAGAAUGAUGAACUAUUUUUGAUUCCUCGCUUGGAAAAUAUGAAAUUAUAAUAUAAAAGGUUUAAAUAUAGGCAUAUCUAUUUUUAUCACUAUCAGCUUGUGUUGCCACAUGUUGAAUUUCCAUAUAUGGUCGGAUAGUUUUGAACGCAACAUUUCUCCAGUGUCUUGCAGACAGCUUUUUGAAAAAGCCUUGCAUAUGUGCCAUGUUUCCAUGUCUGCACUGUGCUAUUUGGUCAAGUGCCCAUCAUAAACAUAAACUGUCUUCAGGCCUAACAUUUCUAUGGUAGCAGUGAUCAGGGAACACCUGCACAGGAUAUUUUUUCACCCCGCCAGGUGCUUAAUAAGCAGUGCUCUAAAGAAAUGAAGAUUUCUUGUUAUGUGUGUGUUUUCGUGCACUUUCUAUGAUUAUGUUGCUUUAUCGUUGUUACCUGUAUUUAUCCUUCUGCUUUGUUGCGUAACUUAUUAUCCGUGUGAAGUUUAACUAUGUGAUAAUGAAGAAUAUCAUUAUGUAUUUCUGUGCACAGACCUGUCUUCUGUCUUGGUGGUGUGCCGCUAAAUGGUAUAAGUUGAAUGUACUGAGGCAAGUGGUAACAGUUUCCAAAGUGUGCUUUUUUAUGACACGAAUAAAAGUCAUCCCUUAUCACAUGAAGCCCUUAUUAUGUAAUAUAGAUUCAAUAUUUACAUGUCACUCACUCCACCUCUUAUUUGCAGUUUCAGAUGAAGGGAGCAGAUGCAAUAUUUCAUCUUAAUGUAUUUGUGCACAGGUCUUUGUAACUUGAGGUCAUUGUGUUUGUUUUUGGGUUUCCUUGAUGCUUUGGGCAUUCAGGUGUUUAAAAGCCUUGUUCCAUCCUGUGUCUAAAAUCAAUACUUCUAAGACAUCCAUGCGCAUGUUCCCAAAGAUAUCACAGAUUUGGCUGCUUGUGCUGUAGGCAGCGUAGAGCAGCUGUUUUUCAGUUCCACUGGUUUGCUGUACUGUAUCCUUACUGUAAGUUAUGAAGACAUUUGUUCCUGAAAUUUAUAUUCCACAAUAAAGAGAAGAUUGUCUAGUU